GUAUUGUUUUGAAAAGUUUAUGUCCCCCUAUUGAGUAUGAGCUGGCACUGUUGUCUGGGAUGCAAACCCUGAGGUCCCACAAUUCCAGGCAAGGAAGAUGCUCCAGACCAGUAGUUAUAGCCUGGUGCUCACCUUGCAGUUCUUACUGCUGUUCUAUGACCUCUUUGUCAACUCCUUCUCUGAACUGCUGCGCACGGCCCCUGUCAUCCAGCUUGUGCUGUUCAUCAUUCAGGAUAUUGCCAUCCUCUUCAACGUUAUCAUCAUCUUCCUCAUGUUCUUCAAUACCUUCGUCUUCCAGGCUGGCCUGGUUAAUCUUCUGUUCCACAAAUUUAAAGGAACUAUGGUCCUCUCAGCAGCAUACCUUGCUUUGAGCAUAUUCUUCCAUGUCUGGAUUAUGAACGUCCGCUGGAGAAAUUCCAACUACUUUGUGUGGACAGGUGGACUGCAGGCCCUCUUUGUGUUCCAAAGAUUGGCGGCUGUGCUCUACUACUACUUCUAUAAGAGGACUGCUGUACACUUGGGAGACCCGCGUUUCUACCAGGACUCUCUUUGGCUACGAAAAGAGUUUGCUCAGGUCCAAAGCUGACUGAUGCUUCUUGGUUAUCUCAAGGAGAGGUCAGCCUGCUACGAUGUUGCAGAAACCUUAUCAGUAUCUUGCAGGCUGUCUUUUCUCCUCACAAACCCCUAU